UUAUAGCUUCGAGAAAAAGGCGUUAAGGAGCUGAAGGAUUCAGUUCAGCUCCUUCCCUACGUUUCCUUCCAUAAAUCCACUUUCUUUCUUUCAGAUUCUUUACUUCACAGUUCAUCUUCCAUUUCCAAGGGUGAAUCGAAUUUACCACAAGUUUGCUAGCAUUUUCCCAUGGGUUUUCGUUGAUUUCGCGUUAGGGUUUUUGGGGGAAAUUUAGCGACUUACCUGAAAUGCCGUCUACAAGUAGUUCUGGGAUUUCUUUCGGGACGAUUCGUCGAUCGAUUUUAGGAUUUGGAAGUGAUCACAAUCAAAUUCAUUCUGAAGAACUGAACAAUGAGUCUAAAUCUCUUCUGGAUCGCGAGCUUGAAGGUUUUCAAAAUCAAGUGUUCAAUCAAUUUCACACACUUUCAUCAUCAUCAUCUUCUGCUGAUGAUUUCCUUUCCAUUGAUUGGAUGUUGAAGCUACUGGAUGCAUUUCUUGCUUGCCAAGAAGAUUUCAAACGUAUUCUCUUAAAGAAUUCAGAAUUGUUUUCGAAACCUCCGUUAGAUAGGCUGCUAAUGGAGUUCUUCGAUAGAAGUAUCAAAGCUCUCGACAUCUGUAACGCUGUUCGUGAUGGGAUCGAAAAAGUUCGUGUUUGGCAUAAACAUUUAGAGAUAGUUUCGAGUGCUUUUGAUUCUAAACAAAGGAAUGUAAUGGGUGAAGGACAGUUUAGGAGGGCGAGAAAAGCAUUGACCGAUUUAGCUAUCGUUAUGCUUGACGAUCAAAAGGAUUCUGGAUCGGUUUUUUCGAAUAGAAACCGAUCUUUUGGGCGUCAAAAUAAGGGGAAAGAGCGUAAAAAAGGACACUCGAAAUCCCUUUCAUGGAGUGUAUCUAAUUCUUGGUCAGCAACUAAACAGCUUCAAUCGAUGGCAAACGGUUUAGUUCAGCCUCGAGUUAACGAAAUUGGUCAGCAAUUCGGUCUUGCAAACUGUGUUUUCACAAUGGGUUUUGUUCUUAUGUUUGUACUAUGGACCGUAGUGGCUGCGAUCCCGUGUCAAGAUCGUGGGUUAUUUCCGUUCUCGAUUCCACGACAAGUUUCAUGGGGAACUCCAUUGUUCUUGAUUCAUUCUCGGAUUUUGGAUGAAUCAAAGAAGCGUGAACGUAAGAACAGUCCUGGGCUAUUAACAGAAAUCCACCAAAUGGAAAAAUCCAUCAAUUUGAUCUCGGAUUUGAUCGAUUCCGCCCACCAGUUCCCAUUGACCGAAGAACAGCAGAAAGAAGUGAAAGAUGGAAUUCAAGAAUUAUCUCUGGUUUGUAACUCAUGUAAGAAUGGAUUAGACUCAUUGGAUCGCGAACUGAGAGAAGUUUUUCGCAAAAUCAUGUCCUUUCGAACCGAAGGUCUUGGAACCGUGACCAGGGCACAAUCUUGAAGAUCGAAGAACCAAAAAGAAGAACAUAAAGCUGGUUAAUUCUUGUUCGAUUUGCGAUCGAGGAACCAAAUGGCUCAGGUUUUCGGGUUACGAUGAUGGGUUUUGGCUAGGUAAGCUUUAUAUAAUUUACCAGUAAUCUUUUCAUAUGUAAGAACUUGCUAUCUGCUACUAUAUUUUACAAUGUUUCUGCUGUGUUAACUAGUUUAGUUUCAUUUCUGCUGUUCAUCUUUCUGUUAAAAACCAAUCUGUGUUACUUCACAACGUUCAUUCAUUGUUAUAUAUACAC